AUGGAAAAUUUUGCUAACUCUAGUAAUAUAAACAUCGGUGAUGUAUCUUCACAGAUCCGUAAUAUACUAGGACAAAAUAUUGAAGAAGGCAAUAAAAAUAAUAAUAAAAAUGAAAAUAUUCAAUAUAAUGAAAACUGUACAUACACUACCUCCCUUGAAAAUGAAUAUUUGGUAAAACAAAAUACAGUAAAAAAUAUACCUUACAUAAGUAAAGAAAAUAUUCCAGAACCUAAUCAAAAUAUACAAAAAGAAGUUACAAUAAAAGAUACAAGUGAUGACAUACGUACACCGUACACUACUAAUUGUUUCUUAAGUAAGGAAAACAUGUCUAAAUAUUUUUCAAAUAAUGAUAACGAAUUCAAUACAAACAAAAAUUUGCAAGAUGCUGUAAAUAGAAGGAAGCAAAUUAGAGAAAUGAUUUUAUCAAAUAAUUCUUUAAAUUUAAGUUUAUCAAGUCAUAAUUUUGAACAAAUUGAUAUAAAAGAACACAUAUCAGAACAAAAUUUUACAAAUAUCCAUAAACAAAUGCUCGAUCAAUACAAUAGCACAAAUAAGGGUAACAAUAGUAGGAAUGGUGAAAAUGGAGUACGCCGUGAUUAUAAUGGAAAAAACGAUUGCACCAUCAAUAAUCAAAAUAAUAUAUAUGGAAAAAUUAAUAAUAAUAAUUAUAAUAGUAAUUUGCAUAAUAAUAAUAAUAAUGUAAAUACCGGAAAUAUUGGAAUACCUUUACAUAAAUUAGUUUCAAAUGAUAAUGGAAAUGAAAACGAUAUUGAUUACAAAACAUUUCUAACUUUGGAUAGUAACCAAACUAUUUUUAAAGCAAAGCCCCUUAAAGUUCCAGAUAUUUCUUUUUUACACAGUAAUAGUAAAAGUUAUAGUGGAAACAGCUUUAAUAACCCAUAUGAAAGCGAAAGGCAAAUAGAAUACAACGCAGAGAGUAAUAGUAACAAUGAUAAUAAUUAUAAUUUUACAAGAAAUAAAAUUCUUUAUGAAAAAUUAGAUGGAUUAUCCUUUUAUUGUGAUGAUGAUGAUAAUAAAAUAAUUUCCACAUCAAGACGAAAUUACCAAAGUAGUACGCUCCAAAAGUUAACAGGUAUAUUCAACUAUAACAAUAAUAGUAUUGUAGAUAAAAGUGCUUUAGAUAGAAGUAUGAGUCAUUUUGAUUUAAGGAGAGAAAAACAAAAUGACAUAGUUAAAAAUUAUAUAAAAAUUAAUAAGGUAAGAAAUGGAAAUAUCAGAAAUGAAGAUAAUGGAACUAAUAAUAUUUUUAAUAAUUGUAUCCAUAAAGACGAAAAUAGAAAAAUGCAUGUACAUGGAGAGAACGAUUUAAAUAAUGCAGAUAUGCAUAGAAACGCUUUCGAUCACGAUUAUAAUAAGAAUUAUGACACAAUGUACAAUAUUAGAAGAAGUACAAACAUAAUAGAUAAUCUUGUACAUAAUAGAUUAGUAUAUAACAAUAAUCAUAUUUUUAAUAAUAAUGAAAAUAUAAAUAUUUUAAACAAAAUUAGUAACCCAAAUAGUGUAUACCCCAUCGACUUUAGAAGCAACAAUACACAUGAUGGUAUAUGCAAUAAUAUAGGCAAAUAUAAUAGGUAUAACAAUUUUAAUUAUAGAACUAUAGACAACAAAUAUGUAUAUGAUAAAAACAAUUUUAUGCAUGAAAAUGAAAAUUAUGUAAAUUUAUCUUAUAUUAAAAAUAUAGAAAAAUUUAAAGAGUUGCUAAUAAAUAUAGCAACAGAUAAUUUAAAGGAAUAUGUAAAAUGUUUGCAAAAUAUUAAUGAAAAAAAUCUAAAACAAUAUAAAGAUGAUAUUAUGCAAGUAAGCAAUUAUAAUAUUAAUCAUUUUAUAAAUGAAGCUUUUAAAGUAUCUAAUCCUGUAAAAAAUAUCAAAGAAUCUAUUCUGAAUAAUUCAGAUACAUUUUCUUCUCUUCACAAAUCUACGAAUGAAAGUGAUGACUUAAGCACAACUACACACGAUGAUAAUAAUAGUAGUAAUUCGGAUUUAAUUAAUUUAACAGAAAGUCGAAGAGAUAAGAAUAGUUGCAUUCACAUCUCUUGCAAUGAUGUACAUAGUAGUGCAAAUGAUUGCAAGAAUAAUUCAAAAUAUUGUAGUAAAAAAAAUGUAAAAUAUGCAAACGAAUUAGCAUAUGUUUCUACAAAUAAAUCUAGAAAAUGUCGAAAGCUAAAAAAUAGACUAAACUUGAGUUUAGUUAAUAGAAGUAAAACAAAUAAGUCCAGUAAAAAUUGUGACAAUAAUCAUACUAAAAAUGUUCGUAGUAAAGACCCUAAUAGCAAAAACAUACAAUCAAAUACACAAGAAAAAAAUACACACAACUUAGAGAUAGUAGGCAAUUUAAAUGACAUUAAAGAGGGACGAAAAAAAAAAAAAUCGUAUAAUAUACCAUUAAAUAAGCAAAAAAAUAAUGUUGGAAACGACUGUCAUAAUUCUUAUUAUGCAAAUAGUUGUAAAAAUUGUUGUAAAAAAGCACAAGUUAAUAAUUUUUCUCCACAAAAAGGCAAAAAAAAAAAUAGUUGUAAUAGUAAUAAAAAAUAUGUUUUGCAUAAUUCUAAAAACUCUCAAAAAUAUAAUUUUUCCUUUAAUACAGAUUCAGAAGAUUACAAUGAUAAUAAUGAAUAUCUGUAUAUAUCACAAAAUGAUUCAGAUAAAAACAAUUACGAAGAAUUAAAUACCAAAGAAAACCUUACCACUUCUAGCGAUAAAAAUGCUUGUAAAUGUAAUGACACUCAUAAAGACGAAAAUAAAAAAGAAUAUAACUCGAAGAAUUAUUCUGACAUAGAUGCAUAUAUAAGUAAUGAAGAUAUAAAGGAAAACAAAAAUGAUAAAUUCCACAAAGAAUAUAAUCACAAAGAUAAAUAUGAUGUGAAUAAAGAGCCCAAACAUUUACAUAUGCAUAGUCAUACUAGGCAAGCUUCUAAUAAACAAAUGAGUAAUGCCAGUUUAAUGAAACGAAGCAAUUCAGAGAAAAUAUUUGGCACUCAAAAAGAUUCCAAUAUAGAUAAUAAAACUGAGAAUACUAUACAUAAUAAAUAUAUAAAUUGUAAUGUAAACAAAUCUUUAGAUUAUUGCGAAAAUAUAAAUAGCAACGAUAAAUUAAGUAGAAUAAAAAAUUCAAAUGAAAAUAAUAUUAAUUGCAGUUUAAAAAGAGAAAGCAAUUAUAAUUUCGAUGGUAUUUUAAAUAAAGAUCACGAAAAUAUUUCCAAUUCGAAUGAUGAUGCUUUAAAUUUUCAAGCAAAUUCAAAAGAUAACAAAAAACAUUUAAAAAACGAAAUGGAUAUUUCAAACAGUACUCAAGAUGAUAAUUACAAUUAUAAACAAUCUAUAGAUAUAAACCCAAAUACUAUAGAAAAUAUUAGAGACCUUAUUAAAAAUAAUAAAACACGAGUAGAAAAUUUGUAUGUUAAUGAAUCUAGCCAAGAUAAUUUAUGUAUAAAUAAAAAUAUAAAUGAAUUAAAAUAUCGUAUGAAAGAAAACAAUAAAAGUGUGCCUUUAAAUAAAUUUAAUAACACAUCUAAUUUAGAUAACGAGCAUCCAUAUUCUAUUAAUUCAUAUAAUGAUGAAACAGAAAAUAGGAACAUUAUCCAAUGCUCACUAGAUAGCUUUAAUGAUGAAUUUUAUAACUCAGUUACAAUUCCAACACCAGCUGAAUCGAUUUUAUCAAAAUCGAGUUUAUGUUCAUCACAUAAUGAAAAUACGUUGAAAAAAAAUAAUUUCGAUUGCGUAGAUUCUCAAUCUGCUAAUGGCGAAACAAUUGAUCAUAGUUUUCCUAUCGAAAAAGAAAAUUCUUUUAUCAAAGAAUGUAAAAUGGAGAUGAAAGUUCAUAGAAAUGAUUUAUUGAAUGAUAAUAGUAGUAGCAAUAAUGGUGACAAUUCAAAUAAUAUUUAUAUAAAUAAAAAAGAAUUUCUUGGAAAGUAUACAUAUAGUGAAUUCAGUUUAAAUACUAAACAAAAUAUAAGUAAUAGCAUUGCAACUAACAAUAUAAAUAAUGUGGAUAGAAAGUUCAUCGAUAAAAAUACAAACUUAAUUGUGGAUGAAGUAUAUAAAGAAUUAUUCCAACAAAAAAAAAAUAUUUUUCCAGAAAUGAAUAAUUCAUCCGAAAUAAUAAGUAAUACAAGCCAUAUGAACAAUUUGAUGGUUAAUGGGUUAGGCAACAAUACCAACUGGUAUAACAAUGAUAAUAGUAGCUAUAAUAAUGAAUUAGGUGAAAAAAAUAAGAAUAUAAUUCGGAAAAUUAUAAACACUUUAGAAAUUAAAGAGAUGAAGACAAAAACAAAACAAGGGGUAUUUGAAAUAACACCUAAUGGGGAAGUUAUGUUUACAUUUUUAGGGAGAUCAGAAAUUAUGAAAUAUAAAAAUGUACAAAAUAAAAAAUAUGUAAAUAUAGAUAUAUCUAAACCAAGAAAAUUAUUGUUUAUAAUUGAUGUCGGUGGAGUAAAUAUCAAAAUAAAAGAUAUUUUAUUAAAUAUAAUUUUAGAUUUUUAUAAUAUAUUUGAAGAAGAAUUACCCCAAGCACAUAAAGUAAGAUAUACAUAUGCUUAUGAUGUAGUUGAAGCUUUCAAAAAACACACACCGAAAAUAUCUUUAACAAAAAAAUGGCUUGGUAUAUAUAACUUGAUGAGCAAUGGAAAUGCGCCCGAUUUCAUUGCAACUUUGAAAAGUAAUAUGUUUAUUGAUAAAAUUGAAAUUAAAAAUAAUUAUGUAUCAUUUAUUUUAAAAGAUAAAAAUACAAUAAAUUUACAUAUUGAUGAUUUAAAUGAAGUAACAACACAAUUUACGAAAAGUAUGAUGAAUAAUAAAAAUGGAAAUAUACACCAACCAAAUAUGCCACAAAGUAACAUAAAUCUUAUAGGGAUAGAAGGACAAAAUGAACAUGUAAAAAAUAUUAUGAUGAAUUUACAAGUACUAUUAAAAAGGGCAGGUAUAUCUAUUGAUAUAAUUAUUCAAAAUUGGUGUAACACUUUACAGGCUUAUUCACAUUGCUUAGGAUUGUUAACAAAGGGGAAUUCACAAUAUGCUUUGAAGCUAAAAAAGACCUUGUCUAACAUAUCAGGAAAUCCCGAAUUUCACAAAAGGAAUGUAUAUUUUUCUAUAUUUCCAAUAUUUGUUGAUGAAUGA